GUCGGACGAAUCGACGCAUUCGCGGGUUGUCCGUCGGCGGAACCACUUCUCGCAUUGUUUAACGCACUAUGAGUAUUUAAAAAAAUUAACUAAAAAAGGGAGUGAUCUUUAAAAUAACUCUACUAAAUUGGAACGACCACCAAUUAUCAGAUGAAGCAGCGGUAUGCAGGCGCCAGCGGCGCAGUGCUGGUCGGAUUACUUUGCGGAUUUCUUGUAUUCGGCGUCCACGGUGAUAAGGUGGAAGUAAUAGAGCUGGGCAAUUGGACGAUAACUAAUCAGAAUGGAUCGCUAACUAUUGACAACCAAACGUUGCCCUCGGGCAUAUACAGUGCCUUCGCGCCCCAAGUGCUGGACUCGUACAACGAUGUCGGCUUGCGUUAUCUGGCCUACGACAAUUGGACCUACUCUACUCUCUUUCAAUUCGACGUCCAUCACUACAAACGCGGCCACAUCAACCUGACUUUCCACGGCAUAGAUGCCGUGUCAGAAAUUCGGCUUAACCAUCAGCUGCUGGGACAGACAGACAACAUGUUUGUACGCUACUCGUACGAAGUGAGCUCCCUACUCGAAGUAGAAAACUUUCUGGAGGUAGAGAUCCAAUCUCCCGUACUUGCUGCCCUAGCUAGAGCUAAUGUAUUGAAUGAAGCUAAGAAAACCGUACCUCCGGAUUGCCCGAACGAGCGCUACCAUGGCGAGUGCCAUAUGAACAUGUUGCGGAAGAUGCAGGCGAGCUUCUCUUGGGACUGGGGUCCCGCAGCCCCCUCCGCUGGGAUCUGGAAAAACGUGGCGCUUGAAAUCUACGAGGUGGCCGUCAUACGCGAUGUGGAUGUGGAUGUCAGCCGCAUCAAUGGAUCGCACUGGAACAUGCAUAUUCGCUGCUACCUGGACGCGAUGGGCGAAAAGGACUUCAACGGAAGGCUUAUAUUAUACGCUGUCGAGCUAUUGGACCAUCCGGUGGUCGUAGACAGAUACGCACUGAAAACCAUGACGCCAGUAAUUGAGUUUGAUCAGGCCGUGUCAAUUGAGAAAGUCGUAACUUGGUGGCCAAAUGGCUAUGGAGACCAGAAACUUUAUCCACUUCACUUCACUCUGAAGGCCUGGCUGGGUAAUGACGGGCCCGAUGUUCGCUCUAGGACCAAGUCGCACAGGUCUCUCCGAGUAGGCUUUCGCACGCUUGAACUGGUCGAAGUGCCUGCUCCUGACGGCGUAGGAAACACCUUCUUUUUUCGAGUUAAUGGAGUAGAGAUGUUCAUGAAAGGUAGUAACUAUAUACCAUCACAUAUCCUGCCCGAAAUGCAAACGAAGGAACAGAUUGGCCAUCUAUUAAGGUCUGCAAAGGAAGCUCAUAUGAAUAUGCUGCGAGUUUGGGGAGGGGGUGUUUACGAAUCAGACUACUUCUACCAGCUAGCCGACAGUCUGGGUCUCCUAAUUUGGCAAGAUAUGAUGUUUGCGUGUGCCAUGUACCCGGUUGGCGACAAUUUCCUGUCAACGGUGCGUGAGGAGGUUCGCCAAAAUGGCAUACGGCUAUCACACCAUCCCAGUGUGGCAAUUUUUGUAACCAACAAUGAAAACGAAGCUGCCUUGGUGCAGAAUUGGUACGGAACGCACUACGAAAAAGAUCGCUUCGAGAGCGAGUACCGUGAACUCUACCUGGCCAACGUCAUCCACGAGCUAAAGCUUGUCUCGCAAAGGUCUCGACCCCAGCCACUAGUCUCAUCGCCUUCCAAUGGUAAGGCCAGUGAACAGGACAACUACAUUUCUAGCAACCCUCAGGAUAAUCACAAUGGAGAUGUGCAUUUUUACGACUACACAAAGGACGGCUGGGACCCAGGCAUUUAUCCGCGACCUCGAUUUGCUAGUGAGUAUGGCUUUCAGAGCUUUCCAGGCGCAUACGCCUGGCAGCGCAGCAAGGACGGCGACGACGACGUUCUUGCCCUGAUCAGACACCGCCAGCACCAUCCGCUGGGAAAUGUUCCUGUAAUCGCUUUGGUAGAGAGACACCUUCCGCUUCCCUUGCCAGAGGAUGAGAACUACGUCAAUGCACUGAUAUACUUCAGCCAGAUCACUCAAGCCAUGGCCACCAAGGUGGAAACGGAAUUGUACCGCAGUCUACGCGACACCCCUCAUAAAACCAUGGGAGCCCUUUACUGGCAACUAAACGACGUAUGGGUGGCGCCAUCCUGGUCUGGCAUUGAUUUCUACGGCAACUGGAAGAUGCUUCAUUACUGGGCUCGCGAGUUUCUAGCGCCAAUUGCAAUCGUAGCCCUCUACGAAAGGUCCACGGACUCGCUAAACAUUUCGCUGGUCUGCGAUCUACUGGAGGUGGACACGCAGGAACUGAAUGUCGUGGCUAACGUUCACCUGUGGUCCCAGCUGCUCCCACGCCAAUCAACUACUUGGGAGGUUACCCUGCGCCCCAAUGGUGUGCAGUACGACAAAGUCAUUCCGCUUUCCGACUUGCUUAAAGGCCAGUUCACUAAAACCAACGCAUUUCUUGAGUUUCAUCUUCGUCGCGGCCAUGAAGUGAUAUCCAGGACCCACUUCUUCCCGUGCAGCAUUGCCGGAGCCGUCGGGAUCGAAGACCCUGGGCUAGAGUAUGAAAUCGUCUCCAAGACCUGUCUCAAUACCACCGAUGUCAUACGCAAUAGCGUCAGCAUUAGCAUCCAGGUCAAGCGUCCAGCCGUGUUUGUGUACCUGGAGUUGCUGAAGCCGUACCGCUACACAUUGUCCGAGAACGGAUUUAUGCAGACCGCGCCGAUGCACGUCGUCUAUCUAACGUUUGACGCGCCUUCGUGUUUCCGUUUAUUACUGCGCAAAACGGACAUCCGCGUACUAACCGUCAACGACUUUAUGAGAUAGACGACUCCUCUUCCUUGACAAAUUUUAUUCAACUUUUAUAAAUAGCUUAACAAUAAACAAAUCAAUAAAUAGCA